AUGAAUAAUGUGAGAGUAAUCUUGAUGGAUUUUUCAAAUGCUUGUUUGAAUGAUCAUGGCGAACGUGUGGACAAAAUUCGAAAAUUGGAAUUAUUGAAAAAGAAAUUUUCAUUGCAACAAGAAGGAAAGACGAAGUGGUUAUUGAAUCGAGAAUUGAAAUAUGAACAUUUCUUUCCAAUCGAAUUUAUGAAUGACAAGGCAUUUGUUUUAAAUCAAAUCAAAAAGAAGGCUUUUCGAUUGGAGUAUGCUUCAAAACAAUUACAAGAAGAUCGAGAGUUUGUGUUGCAAGUGGUUCAAUUGAAUGGUAUUGAGUUACUCUAUGCUAGCAACAAUAUUCUCAGUGAUAAAGAAGUGGUAUUGGCAGCUAUUAAAAACAAUGAAGAUGCAUUGAUGUAUGCUUCAGAAGAAGUUAGAAAUGACAAGAAAUUUGUGUUAGAAGCCAUUAAAUUGAAUGACAAAUGUUUACUAUAUUCUUUCCAUGAACUGAAGAAAGAUCUGGAGUUCAUAUUUGAAGCAAUUAAGCAAAACAGGAAGGCACUACAAUGGGUUUCAUGGGAUUUACACCGAGAUAAAGAAUUCAUGUUGAAAGCCAUCAAAUUACUCUUUCCAGAAUUCGAUAAUUUAAUCUCCAUUGAUCAUGCAAACAAAGAGAUUAUGAUGAAAGUUGUUCAGGAAAUUGGAUUUUUGUUGAGAUUUGCAAGUAAUGAACUCAAGAAUGAUCGAGACAUUGUUUUGAAUGCUGUGAAAAGCGAUGGUGUUUUCUCUUCAAUAUGCUUCUCAUAA